UAUAAUUAUACGGUUGGUAUACCAAUCCGGCAAUUGAAAACAAGUAAUAUGAAUAAAAGGAAUAACACUAAAACUCAACAACUUAGCAAAGAGCAGCUGAUAGAGGCCAUUCGGAGAAAAAAAGAAUGUAAUGCACGAGCUCAGGUGAUAGUUGAAUCCCUUUUGGAACAGAACGUCAAUGAACAAGAUUUUCUUAUAAAGUUGCGGGAUAUAAAUCAAUGUCACUACGAUGAUGUGGUAGAUGAAAGAAGUAUACUAAAGUUGUGCUCGUAUCCACUAUGCAAUGAAACUUUAGACAAUGUACCAACAAAGCAGUAUCAGAUAUCAACGACAUCGAACAAGGUGUAUGACAUAACCGACCGAAAGAAAUUUUGCAGCACACAUUGUUACAAGGCCUCCGAGUAUAUUAAAUCUCAAAUGCUUACAAGUCCAUUGUGGAUGAGACAUCAAGAGAUAAUACCUAACUUCAAAUUGUUGAAAUGAAAAUGGAAUGUUUGCUAAAUUGUACACCAGUUUAUUGAUUUAAGAACGAUUUUAUGAUUAUAUUUUUUAUAUAUAGCUUAUAUUGAAAUAAAAUAAAAGUAAUGAAUAGUUUGGCCCUAA